CUCAUCGUUUUCUUCUGUGAAACGACAAAAAUACAAAAACAACAUCGCUGAACUGAGGAAGAGGUGGACGGUCAACGGCGAUUUAACAAAUAUUCGCGACUGCGGAACUUUUCCACGUCGGGACCUUCAAUACCCAGUCUUCAGGCGAUGGCGGAGCUGAAUAUGGAGGCCAAGCUGAAGAAGCAGCUGAAGCAGGAGAAGAUCCAGCUGUGGAGCCCCCCGUACACCGACAGCGACAACCAGCCGGGGCUGCAGCACAUGCAGGAGCUGGCAGAGCGCUACGCCCCUCUGCUGUGUUUGUCGGUGUCGGAGGUCGGGGGAGCUCUGGAGUCGAUCAGACUGCAGGCGGUGAGGAGAGGCAAAGGAAACAAGAUGUUCAGAGAGACGAACAUGGCCACGCUGGAGCUGCUGCUUCCCAGAGACUGCAAGAAGGAUCUGAAGACAAAGCACCACCUGGAGACAAGGCUGGACGUGUUGGUUCAGGAGGUGGUGGACAGGAUCGCAGACGAGUAUGGCCUCAAACACACCAAGCUGAUCCUCAACGGGAAAACUCUGUGUGCAGACCAGCGUCUGGACGAGCAGGGCGUGAAGAACCACAGUAAGAUGAUGGUGCUGAAGGUGAGCGACGGCGACUGGAAACAACAGCUGAGCGAGGAGGAAGAGAAGAAGAAGAAUCAGAAAGAGAGCCUCCAGCGGACACAGAAAGGAUUCCAGAUCCUGUCAGAGAGAGACGGCAGCGAGGACCCAGACACGACACCUUUCCUGGAGAUCGCUGACCAGAAGGGGAACCCUCUGAAGAUCCCCCACGAGGAGAAGAAGGCUCUGAUCCUGGCCAUGGGUUUCCAUGAGAAAGGUCGUUCUCUGAUGAAGAAGAAGCAGUUUGAUGACGCUCUGUGUCACCUGCUGCAGGCCGACCAGCAGUUCAGUAAAUGCGGCUCGGCUCUGCUCCGCUCCGUGGACAACUACGCCGUCCUGCAACUGGACAUCGUGUGGUGCUACCGAGCGCUGGAGGCCUUGUCCUGUCUGGACGACAGCAGGAGUCGACUGCAGAGAGCCGAGGACUGUUUCCUGCAGUGUUACGGAGAACAGCAACAGAGGCUGCUCAUGAUCAAGGGUAACACAGGCAGAGAGGAGGUGUUGUUUCUCCGCCUGUACCUUCUCCAGAGUCUCCUCUCCUACAUCGACGGAAAUGACGCUCAGGCUCGACUCCAGCUGUCCAAAGUGGAGUCCCUGUACAGUCGUUUGUGUCCCGACUCGGAGAAAAUGACUCAGCUGAUGACGCUGGGCUUCACAGAGAGAGAAGCUCGACUCGGCCUCAGAGCCUGUCAGGGGGACGUCCAGGAGGCGGCCGUCCACAUCAGUAACCAAAGACAGGAGCGAGAGGAGCUGAAGCAGAGGGAGAGGAGGAAGAGGAGCAGGAGGAUGGAGGUCAUCUCCACCCUCACUGAGCUCGGAUACUCGAGGAGAGACGCCGCCAGAGCGCUGCACCUCGCAGACGGAGACGUGGACAGAGCUUAUGGAAUCCUCCUGGACUCCAGCCAGGCUGCGCUGUCCUCCACCACCAGCACAGAGAGCCUCAGUCCAGAGAAGCUGCAGCAGAUGUUGUAUCUUGGCUUUGAGAGGGACGUGUCUGAAGCGGCUCUCAGGCUGACCGGCGGAGACGUCCAAUUGGCGACUCAGCUGCUGCUCGACAACCAGGGCGUCCUCUCCCCGGAGCUCCUGUCCGCAUCCCCGCCUUCCACCUCCUCCUCCACCACCUCCCCCUCCUCCGAGGAGCCAAGCACCUCCUCCAACUCCGCUGGUAUGACUCACCUGAUGCACAGAGAACGACGAGCUGGUGAACGAGGUGUUGGAGGACAUCUCUCAUCACGAGGAGGACUACCUCGACCUGACGCUGGAGGAGGAGAGCGAACUCAUCGCCAGCAUGAAGAGUUAUCUGAACCGAGGGCCCACGCACACCGAGUGACGCACACACACAGCCAGAGUGCUUCACUUACCCUCUGUUAGCCAAACGUGUUAUCUCUGCAGCUGUUUCAGCACCAAACCUGAGACGUCAUCACACUGUGAGACGUCAUACGAAGGACGCACCUCCUCAUCAGGGAAGACAGCUGAGCUACAACAAAUCAUUCGGAUGCUACGGGGCAAAUGCUCAGAUUUAACCUAGAAUUAGUUAACAAAGCACUUUUCUCUCUAAAGGGGUGAAUGUUGUUGUCUGAAGUAAAUUUUUGGCAGAAGAGUGUCACUCGUGUUGUGUUUUUUCUUGUUGUUCUGACGGCAGGAAAUUUUCCGUUUGUGACGUCGCAGCCUGAAGUUAACCAUUAUAGCUUCAAUUUAAUCAUUUCGUCUUUAUGUUGAGUUCAGUGCUGAUGGAGCCAAUAAAGAAGAUGAAGGUU